AUGCUGGCUCUCGCACGCGUCACGGUCCCACGCCUCCCACACCUCCGCCACCUGUCCACCUCCCCAUACACUCUGGCUCCCGCCUCAGAUGAGCUCCUUGCCCUCAAAGAACUGGUCAACGAUGGGGACCACGCCCUCGCCCGCGACUGGCUCGACGAUUUCGUGCCCGAAGACGUCCCAAAAACCUCAUACGAAGUCUCGUAUGCGCGCUCGUCAGGUCCUGGUGGCCAACACGUUAACAAGACCAACUCAAAGGCGGUUGUCCGUUUCGACGUCUUCCGUGCCCGAGGGACUUGGCUACCGCCAUUCCUCGUUCCCGCGCUCCAGCAGUCGCCAUACUACCACGCCCCCUCGCUGCUCCUCUCGUCCCAGACCUCGCGCAGCGCCCCGCAAAACCUCGCAAUCUGCAUUGAGAACCUCCACGCGACGAUCGUAAAUGCCGGUCGCGGGCUCGUGCGCGGCCAGACGAGCGACGCUCAACGCGAACGCGUCAAGGAGCUCCAGAAGGCUGAGGUGCGCAAGCGCCGCGUCAUGAAGGAGAAACACAAGGCGAAGAAGGCCUCGCGCACAGAGAAAGGGUGGUAG